AAAAGCCCUUUUCUACUUUCUAUUCUUGCAGGUUUCUUCACAAGGUCCAUUAUUUGGAUUUCUGGUUAUACACCUUAUCCCCUGUUUUCGGCAGUAACCUUACGGCACAAAUUAUGCGUUGGAAUCACUGUCUGGAUAGAAUUUCACUGCAUCAGUUCCUACAUGUGGAACUUCACCUAUGCCCUCGAUAUACUCCUGGCAACCCACAGUAAACCCAGGCUCAAAUCUUUAUGGCCCUUUUUCAACCUAGUCAUCCCUGCUGUUUUGACUGCUUCGGGGUCAUUUUCUAUUUAUUAUCCCUCACUCAGCACGUGCGGAGGUCCAAAUGUUAACGAAGUAGCAAACUACCUGGCUUACUUUCUUCCCAUGCUACUUGUCAUUGUCUGUAAUCCCUUCUUCUUCUACUACACUGCCAAAAAAGUGAAAUCCCUGGUAACACAGCAGCAUGGGCGUUACUCUGUCCGGGAACAGGUCAUUGUUCAAAGUGCUAAGGUUAAAUUUACCAUGAUAAUUUUCGUCUUCAUCGCCUGUUGGUUUCCAAAUGUGGUCAAUGCAAUCUUAGACGCUGUGCGUAUCAACGAAUCAGUCCAGAAUGCAAUGUGGGCAAUGUGGGUCUUAAAGGUAAGCCAAUACAUUUAUUUGUCGUAAAUGUUUCAGCUAGGG